AUGGAAGAUUCAUUCUCCUUAAAUCAAGAAAAAGAAAAGCAAGAACUUGGUGAGGCAGAGCAGCCGUGGGAAGGAACGAUGGCAGCUUCUCCUCAGGAACUUGAACCUCCAUCACCUGCGCCUCUGGAGGCAUCACCACCAGACACUGAACCCCAACCCAGGAGUAACCCUCCUUGGAGCCCACAGUCUACAGCCAGACAGUCUCUGGACGAUGUCCCAGGUCCAGGAGGGCCACCUAGCUCUACCCCUGCCCAGGAGACCUCCAUUCCUUCCUCCCCGACGCUGCUCAGGCAGGACCUCGUGGCCCCCGUGCAGUCAGACAGAGCCAGCAGUGUGAUCCUUGAUGGUGCAGGGCCUCAUCCUGAUCUGCUGGACCCACCAUCUGAUAAGGGGGUAUCAACUCCCCAUCACACAAGUAUGCCAGAGGAAAAUACCUUUCCAUGGUCUCAGCAAUCCAGAGCUGGCCUGUGUGGGCCGUGGGUUGCCAUCCAUGACAGCUCCAAACAAAAAGAGCUGAAAUUUAACAUUUUUCAGGAAGAAGACUCAAACGGUGACUGGGAUCCAGAUCUGCCUGAGCCUGGGGCCAGAGAGGAGGCCCCCAGCAUGCUUGAGAUUGCCAUUCAGAAUGCUAAGUCUUUCCUACAGAAUACCAGCAGCAAGACAGGCUUAAAUCUAUAUGAUCAUCUUUCUAACAUGCUGACCAAGAUAUUAGAUGAACGCCCUGAAGAUGCUGUUGACAUCAUUGAAAAAAUCAGCCAAGAUGUAAAAAUGGCACAUUUUAGUAAAAAAUUAGAUACCCUGCAAAACGAGAAUGAGAUGCUUCCAGUGUAUGAAAUUGCAGAGAGACAAAGAGCUCUUUUUCUCCAGGGACAUUUGGAAGGAGCUGAUCAGGAACUGGAAGAUGAAAUAGCAGAAAACUCUCUUCCAAAUGUAAUGGAGUCAGCAUUUUAUUUUGAACAAGCUGGAGUUGGUUUGGGAACAGAUGAAACGUAUCGCGUAUUUCUGGCCCUCAAGCAGCUUACUGACACCCACCCAAUCCAAAGAUGCCGAUUGUGGGGCAAGAUCUUGGGCUUGGAAAUGAACUAUAUUAUAGCUGAAGUGGAAUUUCGUGAGGGGGAAGAGGAAGAGGAGGUGGAAGAGGAAGAUGUUGCUGAAGAGCGGGACAACGGAGAAAGUGAAGCUGAGGAGGUCGAGGAAGAUGAAUUGCCAAAAUCCAUUUACAAGGCCCCACAAGCUAUACCUAAAGAAGAAAGUCGAACAGGCGCCAACAAAUAUACCUAUUUUGUUUGCAAUGAACCAGGAAGACCAUGGGUGAAGUUACCAUUAGUUACACCUGCACAAAUUGUUACUGCAAGAAAAAUCAAGAAAUAUUUCACUGGGAGAUUAGAUGCUCCCAUCAUAAGCUACCCACCUUUCCCAGGAAAUGAGAGCAAUUAUCUGAGAGCACAAAUUGCCCGGAUUUCAUCAGCAACCCAUGUCAGUCCUCUAGGAUUCUAUCAGUUUGGUGAAGAGGAAGGAGAGGAGGAGGAAGAAGUGGAAGGUGGACGAGAUAGCUUUGAGGAAAAUCCUGAAUUUGAAGGCAUCCAAGUGGUUGAUCUAGUGGAAUCUCUAUCCAAUUGGGUUCAUCAUGUACAGUAUAUUCUCCCUCAGGGUCGCUGCAAUUGGUUCAACCCCAUACAAAAAAGUGAGGAAGAAGAAGAGGAAAUAAGUGAAAAAGAAGAAGAAAAAGGAGAAGAGCCUGAUUACAUAGAACAGGAAGUGGGGCCUCCUCUUUUGACACCUAUCUCUGAGGAUUUAGAGAUUCAGAAUACCCCGCCUUGGACAACACGGCUAUCAUCAUAUUUCAUUCCUCAGUAUGCUAUCGCAGUCCUUCGUUCCAAUCUUUGGCCUGGAGCAUAUGCCUUCUCCAAUGGCAAGAAGUUUGAAAAUUUCUACAUAGGCUGGGGUCAUAAGUAUAGUGUGGACAACUAUACACCCCCAGUUCCACCAUCAGUUUAUCAAGAAUAUCCCAGCGGACCAGAAGUUACAGAAAUGGAUGACCCCAGCGUGGAAGAGGAGAAGGCUUUGAAGGCUGCACAAGAAGCAGCUGAAUUUGUGGCAGAGGAGAUUGAAGAAACCGAGGAAGAUGAAGAAGAUGAUGACUAAGAACUAAGUUAGCCCACUCUUGGGUAGCCUUAACAUACACACCCACUGUGGGGGGGGGGGGCGCUGAUUAUAUGCAUAGAUGAAACUAAUGUAAAAAAUGUCAUUCCUUGAAGACACCAAA